UCUGUUGAAGUUGAAGUGCCGUGCGACGCGCCAUAUCUGAAGACCGUUUUAAACUAUUCGCUACUUUUUUUUAUCAUAUUAUACCGCGUCGGCGUGUUAGCUGGUACCUACUCGUGUUGCGCUAAACUUGUCUGUGGCCUGUGCUAGUGUAGACUUGUAGUCGCAGACUGCAGUGGUACCUACGUUUUUCGUUAUCCUCCAUGUUUGACCUGGUUGUUCCGAUUGUCAUUUCCCGUUUUGCACUCACCACGUUUUGACAACGYCAGCGACCGUUGCGAAUCCAAUCCACGUUUGACUGCUGACAGAACCUCGACAAGAAUCCACCAACGCAAUGGCRGAUAUGAAUCCCAAAAGAUCAUCUGAUGGAGUUGAACACUGGAAAUCUAUCAAUUUUUAUUGGAGUUUGGUAAUGUACAUUACUCGUAAUGUACUAAGAAUUUUUUUCUCUAUUGCAGCAUGUAUAAUGUUCCAAAUCAGUUCAUGGCUUAAAAUUUUAUCUGAUUAUCUUAAAACAACUGAAAAGGCUGAAGAUUUACCUGAGAAAACUAUUGAAAAUAGGUGCAAUGUUAAUUCUUCUUCUAAUCACACCAAUAAAAAUGAAGAGCUAAAAGCAGUAUUUAAAGUUAUCAAUGAUACUGAUAAUGAAUUGAUCGACAAAGAGUGUAAUUUAUAUUCCAAUCACAUCAGCAAAAAUGAAGARCAAAAAGAAGCAAAUAAAGUUAUUGGUAUGAAUGGUUUAAUUGACAAUGGGAUUAAAAAUCAUGAAAAUCAAAAUGAAGAAGACUAUUGUAUAAAAGUAGUAAUGUCUGAUACUGAAAAUAAAUUGUUAAACCAAGAGUAUAAUUAUCAAUCUGUUUUGGACCAUAAUAUAGUUACAGAACAACAAAUAGUAAAUGGAGCUUUUACUAAUAUUGUAAAUUACAAAUUAAGCGAAGAGUCUGAUUCUCAAUACUAUGAAAAUGAACAAAAAAUUAUUACUUGCGAGGACAUUGGAUCUGCAAGAGUUAGAAAAAAACAUCCUAUCAAAAAUACUGCAAUGUUAUUAAUAACUAAAACAAUGAAUGAAAACAAAUUAAAGGACAAACAAUUCAAGUUAGAAAACAAAUUGAAUAAAGACAAGAUUGCAAAAAAUAACAUUGACCACUGUGAAAUGGAUGAUGGCAGAAAUCCGAUUACAAAGACUCAAAUGAUCACAAAACAAAAUGAUGUCCACUGGAAAGAUUUUGAAGAUUUUGAUAAUAGUAAACCAAAUUCAAAGACUGAACAUGUUUCUUCUAAGUUCAGUAUUAAUAGAAAAUUAUUAUUAAGGACCCCAUCAAAUAAUAGUGAAUGUCGAGAUAAUCAUGACGGCACUGAGAACAGAAAACCAUUCUCAAAGACUGAAAAUAUGACCACAAAAGAACCAGCCAGUGAAGGCUGGAAAGAUAACGAUAAUCAUGAAUUCAAAAAACCUAUUACAAAAAUUGAAAAUAAUAUGUUAAAUAUAUAUGAAGUGGAAGAUGACAUAUUUGAUUUACCUUCUAAAUUUUCUUUAGCACAUUGUAUUUGUGAAGAUUUUCAUAACUCUAUGGGCAUGACAGCUGAUUUUAAGUUCAAAUUUGGUAAAAUUGGUGCAUUAAUGGAUCAACAUUUACGUGUGAGUGAUGUCGGUCAUAUUAUACAUAAUGAGCAACAUGUAUUUUAUUUAGUCAUAAAAAAAAAAGUGGUACAAAAACCAUUAUUAUCUAGUUUAGAAAUAGCUUUGUAUAAUUUACGUAGUAAAAUGAAUGGCCUUAAAUUAACAAAAUUGGCAAUUCCAAAGUAUGGAUUAGACACAUUUGAUAUGACGGAAGUGAAGAAACUGAUUUCAAAAAUAUUUAAAUUAUCCAAUAUUGAAGUAACUUUAUGCCUGGCAUCACCAAAGUUAGAUAUACAACAAUUCAAUCCACCAAAAGUAAAUUUUACUUAUAAACAACUGUGGGAGAUGGAGAAACAAACUGAUUUAAUACUAUUUAUAGAUAUAAACACGGUGUACUCAGAGAAUUGGAAUGACAUAGUUUUUGAACAUAUUAAUGCUAAAUUCCCAUUUAAAGAAAAAUUGUUAGAAGAUAUUAAUGUUAAACCAAUGACUCAUGGUGAUUUACUGAUCUACAAAGUUGACAGUGAAGUAUUGUUUUGUUUGUUCCUCAAACCUUAUGAUCAAAAUCCUAUGUACUUUAGAAGUCUCGAAAAAGCUUUUCAAGAGAUGAAAUCACAAUUAACUGGCUAUAGAUAUCUUGGAAUUCAACAAGAGCCAAUAAGUUAUAAACCUUCCCAACACAUUUUACCACGUAUUUUAUGUGUGCUAAAAUCAGUGUUUAGUGUUCAAAAUGCUGAAAUUUGGGUUUGUGGUGAUACUGAGCAACAUAAAACAUAUAAUUAUCAACAAUAUAAAAAAGUUGUUAAUGAUGUCAUUGAUCUGAAUCAAAAACGAAAUUCAAAACCAAGCAAUAAGUCUAGACAUAGAUUAGAAAAAAAAAAACAUAGUGCRAAUAGCAAUAACAGUAAACAUGAUUUAUCAGAAAAAUAUUGCAGUAAAAACACAUCAGAUGUCAACGUUGUUACAUAUCUAAACCGAGAACCAAUACCUGUUGAUAAUUACAUAACAGAUGUUUUAGUUGGAUUUGUACUUGAAAGUUAGUUAGGAUUACAUAAUUGAGUCAACCUAAUAUUAUGGCCAAUAUUUUC